AUGGACGGACGGCCCUUUUAUUCCCUCUACUACGCGGGCCUGAGGCUCUUCCACUUCCCGGUCGUCUUCAUCCUCCUCGAGCUGUCGGUCAAGUGCUUGGCCGUGUUCCUCUGGAUCCUCCUCUACCUGGGCUUCUUGUUUUUCCUGCUGUGGCUGGGCCUCGUCGCCCUUGUCGUCUUUGCGUACGCGUACGCUUACGGGCGGGGAUGUUAG